ACACGCCUGCUCACGCUUGGCUGUCCCGGACCCUUAACCUCGUUGUUCGUGGCGCCCCCAGCCCCCGGCAUCAGCCAUGGCAGCUCCGCAGACCCUGCAGCAGGCGCUGGCUGUGCUGGUUUGCACUUUCCAGCGCUAUUCCAAACAGGAAGGUGACAGAUUCACGCUCAGCAGAGGGGAGCUGAAGGAGCUGCUGGAGAAGGAGCUGCCCAGCCUGGGAGAUGUACAAGUGAAGGAAGGUGCCUUUGAGGAACUGCUGAGCAUCCUGGAUGCUAACAGAGACAGGGAAGUUGACUUCCAGGAGUACAUUCGCUUCGUGGCAGUGGCGUGCACCUUAUGCCAUGAGUUUUUCUUGGACUCCCCUGUGGUUCUGCCACGUGAACAAUAAACCCACCCCUGCUGGGGCACCGGCAGCUGGUUUCGUGCAGGGCAUGAAUACAAAGUAGGAGAGCAAAAUUAUAGGUCUGGCAGCAACCUGGGAACCUCACACUGGGAAAGGUCAUGGUGUGUCAAGGAUUGAACUCACGUCUACCUGCCCCAAAUACACAGAGCCAGUCCCUUGAGCUAAAGGAGACCUUCCAUCAACGAGUAGCAGCAGAGCAUUGUUUCUCAGUCCUGGAGAGGAGGGUUAUGAAAGGCAACCAGGGGUUCGUGAGGCAUUGAAAAAUGUAUUAGUCUACAGCAAAGCAAAUCUCCUUUCCCCACUCCCAGCAUGCCCUGGUCCAUCCACAGCCACAGAGAUCAGUUAUAUUGGCUUCACUGACACAUCAUUGUACUCUUGCUUUCAUAGUUAAUGUGUUGUGUGUUGGGGAGGGGGGUGUCACAUACAUUUGUGACUGAAUGAGAGAUUGCCAGCCUGAAAAUGUGGAGCAACGCUGCAGUACAGGGUUUAUGACACAUGGUUGAACUGAGCUGAUUGCAUCCAGCAGAGGGCAGCAGCACUCCAACCCAAGAAAUUCCCAAGCAGGAUUAAGUUACGCAGCC